AUGACCACCGACGACUACGACAAGAUUUUGGUUACGUUUCGUAUCCUAAUUGCUGAUUUGGUGCAACAGUACAAUGGAGGACAUCCUGGUGGAGCCAUGGGAAUGGCUGCAAUUGGUGUAGCUUUAUGGAAGCAUGUUCUACGGAUAUCUCCUAGUAAUCCCAAUUUCUUCAAUAGGGAUAGGUUUGUGCUUUCCAAUGGUCACACAUGCUUGUUCCAGUAUGCUUUUCAUCAUCUUGUUGGCUACAAGCAUAUGACAUUGGACCAAUUAAAGUCGUAUCAUUCUGCUGAAUUGGAUUCUUAUUGCCCUGGACAUCCAGAAAAUGAACAUCCAGGUAUUGAGGUGACCACUGGUGCUUUGGGCCAAGGAGUAGCAAACUCGGUGGGGUUAGCAAUUGCUGCGAAAAAUUUACAAGCGACAUACAAUCGUCCUGAAUAUCCAAUUGUUUCCAACCACACGUUUUGUAUUGUUGGCGAUGCUUGUUUGCAAGAGGGUAUUUCCUUAGAAGCUAUCUCGUUGGCAGGUCAUCUUUGUCUCGACAAUUUGACGAUAAUUUAUGACAAUAAUCAGAUUACCUGCGAUGGUUCUGUUGAUCUCACCAACACCGAAAAUAUCAAUGAAAAGUUUCGGGCUUGCAAUUGGAACGUGAUUGAGAUCAUGGAUGGAUCUGAAGACGUUUCAGCAAUUGUAACAGCUCUUGAAGCUUCCAGAAAGUCUGAUAAACCCACUCUUGUCAAUGUCCAAACCAAGAUUGGAUAUGGGUCAAAUAUAGAAGGUACGGCUGCUGCUCAUGGUGCUGCAUUUGGUCAGGAUGAAGUUGACAGACUCCACUCUGUUAAUGGGUUCCCAGUCGAUAAAAAAAUCGUGGUUCCGCAAUACAUGUAUGAUUUUUUCAAGAAGGAAGAAAAUGAAGAGAAGCAAUGGAAUGAACUUUUGACUAAGUAUCAAGCGGCACAUCCCGAAUUGGCCAAAGAAUUCUUGAACAGAGUAAAUGGAAAGCUACCAAGCAAUUGGGAAUCUUUGGUUCCAACUCAAUUCCCUUCAACUCCUACUGCUUCACGUAAAUCUAGUGGUUUGUGCGUUCAAAAUCUCGCCGAGAACAUCAAGAGUCUUUUUUUUGGUACAGCGGAUCUUUCUCCCUCGGUCAACUUAUCGUGGAAAUCGAAGGUUGACUUUCAAAAUCCUGCCAUUGACACAGCUUGUGGUACUAAUGGGGAUUACCUGGGAAGAUACUUACACUAUGGUAUCAGAGAACACUCAAUGGCAGGUAUAGCCAAUGGGAUAGCCGCCUACAACCCAGGAACUUUUAUUCCCGUUACUUCGUCGUUUUUCAUGUUCUAUCUCUAUGCUGCCCCCGCAGUCAGAUAUGGAGCCUUGUCCAAGCUAAAAGUUAUUCAUGUUGCAACUCAUGAUUCAGUAGGACUCGGAGAAGAUGGACCUACGCACCAGCCAAUUGCGUUGGCUACUUUCUACAGAGCCUUACCACAAAUCAACUAUAUUCGGCCAGCCGACUCUGAGGAGACUGCUGGUGCUUGGAUAGCGGCUUUGAAGGCUGAUACUCCCACAAUCAUCUCAUUGUCUAGACACAACCUUGAACAGCAAAUUACCACCAAUCGACAAAUGGUUGCAAAAGGUGCCUAUCUUUUACAAGAAGAUGAAGAUGCACAGAUCACAAUUAUUGGUGUGGGAGCAGAACUCACGUUUGCAGUUGGAGCUUCAAAGGUUUUGCGUGACAAAGGUAUCAAGUCGAGAGUAGUUUCGUUUCCUUCUCAAAGGUUAUUUGAACAGCAGUCGUUGAACUACAAACGUUCGGUAUUGAAAAGAGGUAAAGUUCCUUGUGUUGUAAUCGAAGCCUAUGCCCCAAACGGAUGGGAGCGCUAUGCUACAGCCGGUUUCAACAUGACUACUUUUGGAAAGUCGUUACCUGGUUCUAUAGUCUACGAUUACUUUGGGUUCAACAGCGCAAAAAUUGCCGACAGAAUUGAGCGCUACAUCAAGGAGUACGAAGACCCAGACAUCAAAUUCGAGUUUCAGGACUUGCUAGCUGUUUAG